CUAAUAUUCUUGCGACAUCUUUAUUUUCUGCUGUGUUAAAGACCGAGCGCACAGACAAAGAAGGAAAGUGCUUAAAAAACCUGAGCAGCCGCAAGCGUGACUAAAGACAAAGAUAUCAGUUGAAAAAGAUGGUGACCACUUCGUCGGCGGGCGCGAGCGCCUCGUUGCUCGGACGAGGCGGGGUGUUGGACCUCUGCUCUCUGUCGGACGAUGCCUGCAACAACUUGAUCGGCAUCUUCUUGAAGGCCAAGCCGGCCAUGGCGGUGGAGUUGGUCGACUUGUGCGAAGAAGAACAGGAUCCAGACCCGGCGUGCGGGCGGUUUCGCGGGUCCAUUAAAAGCUGGUGGCCGGUACUUAGCUUCGAUCUGUAAAGAUGCCCAUAACAUCUCUGUACUUACACUUAGGAUUAGCUUCAUUCUGUUAGGUUGUACUGUUCAUAGUACCAUCUCCAUCUCCUACUAACUGCGGCGGGGAUAGUUACUAGAUCGAUAUACCCAAAAAACAGGAGAAAGGCUACGGUUUCCUGGAAUGCGAGCACACGUUCUCGAUGUACGGUUGCGAUAUUUACAUCAAUCGGUUGGCCAUUGGGCUUUUUCAGAAGCACGAUGAGGUCUUCUUCAGCGUGGAGUUGAACAAAGAGGGGAAACCGCAGGGGAAAAACCUGCUCCCGAUCAGCGCAGAGGCAAAGAAGCGCCAGCUGCUGGCCGCCACCGAUCCAGAUUUUGAUCUGGAUACCUAUCUCGCGCAGCACAAGCUCGGGCCGUACAAUCCCAGCCACGAGGAGCAGGAGGCACAAAACCGAAGUACUCCUGGUUCCCUAGAUAAAAGCUUGCUUGCACCAUUUGUCUGUUUGAGACUCCUAUGACAAGAUGAAGGGCAACUCAACAUGUGUGUUUUUGACGGUCGUCCCUCUGCCUGCCUGUCACAUGGUCAUGGUGUUUCAAUGAUGACGGAUUGAAAAAUAGGGAACAAGCGGACGGGAACCGAGCGCGUGCAACAGGACCACGGUCGAGGGCAAUACGGCAAAGACGGGUGGGGCGAUCCCUACGCCUGGUGGGGCCCGGCGUGGCGGGACGGUCCGUAUGGCGGCAAGGGCGGUAGCUGGCAUGGGCAAAAAGGGGGUUUGCCCUACGGGGAGCGGGCCAAAGGGGGCGGCAUGUCCACAGCGGCGUUGCGGGAGCACCUCUUCCGAGGUAUGAUACUGAGCUGCCAGCACGUGUUCUGCUUGAUGAUGUUGCAAGUACUUAUAUAAACAUGUGUUGAGUCGAUCUGGCAGAAGCAAGUUGUUCCGGAAUUGCUGCACGUUGGACGAAAAUUUUGGUGCGCCGACGGACUGCGCUCUACAUAAUUUUUACCCACGCCAUUUCAGGUCGAGACAACGGUGUUAGCAAGGGCAGCAAAGGUGGACGGACGCCGGGUUUUUCGCCCUUCGACUUGGAAGAUGUCCUUCCUCCUCCUCCCCGCUAG